AUGUCGACGCUGGCCCCCCUGCGUCUGCUGCGCGAGCCCUCGAAUGCCAGCGAGGGCAACCAGAGCAACGCCACGGUCGGGGCCAGUGGUGGCUGGUGCCAGGGGCUGGACAUUCCCAACGAGCUGUUCCUGGCGCUGGGGCUGGUGAGCCUGGUGGAGAACCUGCUGGUGGUGGCCGCCAUCCUGAAGAACAGGAACCUGCACUCGCCCACCUACUACUUCAUCUGCUGCCUGGCGGUGUCUGACAUGCUGGUGAGCAUCAGCAACCUGGCCGAGAUGCUCUUCAUGCUGCUGCUGGAGCACGGCGUGCUGGUGAUGCGCCCCAGCAUUGUCCGCCACAUGGACAGCGUCAUUGACAUGCUCAUCUGCAGCUCCGUCGUGUCUUCCCUCUCCUUCCUGGGGGUCAUUGCUGUUGACCGCUACAUCACCAUCUUCUAUGCCCUGCGCUACCACAGCAUCAUGACGCUGCAGCGGGCCGUGGUCACCAUGGCCAGCGUCUGGCUGGUCAGCACUGUCUCCAGCACCGUCUUGAUCACCUACUACCGCAGCAACACCAUCCUCCUCUGCCUCAUCGGCUUCUUCCUCUUCAUGCUGGUCCUCAUGCUGGUGCUCUACAUCCACAUGUUCGCCCUGGCCCGCCACCACCUCCACAGCAUCUCCAGCCAGCAGAAGCCACCCACUGCCCACCGUGGUGGCAGCCUGAAGGGUGCCGUCACCCUCACCAUCCUCCUGGGGGUCUUCUUUAUCUGCUGGGGGCCCUUCUUCUUUCACCUCAUCCUCAUCGUCACCUGUCCCACCAACCCCUUCUGCACCUGCUUCUGCAGCUACUUCAACCUCUUCCUCAUCCUCAUCAUCUGUAACUCGGUGAUUGACCCCCUCAUCUACGCCUUCCGGAGCCAGGAGCUCCGGCGGACGCUGCGGGAGGUGGUGACGUGCUCCUGGUAGGCAGGGGGACACCGUACAGGGCACGGCCACUCCCGCCCCGAAAUGGACAGAUGGACGGACGGACAGACGGACAGGACGAGCCGCGGGGUGCCCAGUCCGGGCGAGGGACUCACGGUUCCCAAUAAAGGCUCUUUGCAGUGACGCUGUGGCUGGCAUCGGGCAGCCCCGGGGGGAGAGGUCCCUCCCGGUCCCACCGGUCGGUCAAGGGUCACCUGCUCCCGGCAGGAACCGGGAAGGACCGGCUGGGCUGCGGGAGGCUGGACCCACGGUGGGGCGGCCCCGGCCGCCCCCGGACAAAGGGCCCAUCACCAUCGCCUUUGUUCUCGGGCCGCGCCCGCCGCCGCCCACCUCGUCACUGACACCGGCACAGUCCCCGGUCCCGCGGGGGCGACCGACGACCGAGACCCCCAGAGUGGCCCUCCCGUACCCUGUCCCUACCCCUCCCCGUUCCGGGACGCGGUUGGGAGGGGUGUCCCGUGUGUGUCCUCCCGCCCCGCCAGGCC